GGUGACAGUCGAUGUUUUCUGCUGCCUUUUCCCGUUUGCAUCCCUUCCUUCAAACCAAUGAUUCAUGAAUGCUUCAAUUGUACCCGUUUUAACAACACUCACACACACACAGAACAUGCAGAAAGGCUGCUUUGCUAUGUCGGUCGGUGACUCGUGAGUGUCCCGCGUGCAUUCUACAUGUACGUCGUUCUGAAAAUAUUGAGCAGAUCACCAUCACAUGCAACGCCAGGGAUGGACAUUCCCGUCACGUGACACGGGCUCUCACCGUUCGUGCAGAUAAUUUAUUAUGAUUGUCAUUUGUACAGCCAUAUCCGAUUAUCCGAUCGUCCCUGUAUGUGCCUUCUGAAGGACCAACAGGUAUCGUGCGUGCAUGCGCUCUUUCUUCCGACGGAGCGCCGCUCGCCCUACAAACAGGUAGUAUCAUCCGUGCAUGCGCAUGUCCGCAAAGCACAAGCAGGAAUCACUGCUGUACUGGUGCCGUGGGGGAGAAUCAUGUCACCGUAAAUCACGUGACGCAAGCAGCUAGUAGCUGUGUUGUUUGCUUGUAUUGUGCGCACACGCAUGUACGCCACGACGCCGUAUUAGAAUCUUCUGCGCGCUCCACACCGGUAUAAUAAUUAUAUCGUGUGCUUGAUGAAGAGGCAGAACUCUUUGGUAACAGUGAUUUUGUCUGGCUGCACUGCAGUACUACCGCCUGUACCGGCACAGCGACGGAUGACACAUGCAGGCAGUGGUGCAUGUUCCUCGGCUCCGGUUGGCCAUGUGUCGGACAAACCCACCUGUGAGUUUGUUUCGAGUAACUACAUAUACAGCGGCCCACUUCACUGAGCCCAGUACCAGUGCCAGUGCCAGUGCCAGCACUCCAUGACUAGACUGUGUUGAAGUGUACCGUUACACUGCACCUUCCGCCAUUGUUGACUGAAGCUGCAGCAGCAGCAGCAGCACCGAGAGAAGUUCUCUGCAGUAAGAUCCGACCGUUCUUGGGUGCAAGCUAUCCACAGUCUCCACACGCACACACGCUGUGUCCUGUACAACACUUGUCUUCUCUCAGACCGCCGUGGCUCGCUGUAUCUCUCCGGCUACCGUGCGCCGCCCACGGAUCGAGGGAUUUGAAACAAGGAAGGAGUCAACCUUCCGGAGAUUAACUACUAGUAUCCGGUUACAAUUCCAGUGUGUCGGAUAGAUCGCGCAAAACGCGUGUCGCCUUGCGGUGAGUGCAUCGGUUUCAACGUGACUUUCUGAUUGUCAGAAAUCUCUGGGAGUCCAGUGUGCAUGGGUGCACGCGGCCUUGUCAUCACCGCGUAUCAUGGAGCAGCGACGUCAGUCAGCAUCUCUAGAUCUAGUGGAUUGUCCGGACAUGGUUCUUGAAGAUGUAACAUCUCACUUUUCCGCGGCGUGCGAAUUAGCUCCAGCAGCAACAGUUACAUCACCAGGCACCACAGCACCAGCACCUCCGUCGUCACCGCCAUUACCGAUGCUAGCGUGCUGUGAACAGUCCCAAUACGGCGGCAGCAGACAGGACGGAUUGGUGCCUGGCUCGCCAUCACGGGUCCAGUCGUCCAGAAGGCGAAUGGCGCAACACUUUCUCAGCGACCUGGAUAGUCUGCUUCAGGCUGAGCACGAGACCGGUCAAGCUAUCCGUCUCGCUGAGGCAGCUCUCACCCGCCUCAAGAUCUCAACACCCGGUAAAAUGCGCAGUGCAUCUGUGGACCACGGUCAGCUUGUGCCCAGCCAAACGCUACUCUCUGGUCGGGCACGCCUUUGCGGCAUCAUUGGAUCCUCUGCGUCCUUGUGUCACGACUGUAAUGAUGCAGACGUCGACGACGACGAGGAUGAGGAGUUCGAUGAAGAGAUCGACAACUCCAUACCUGUCGGAGAUGCUGGGUAUGCGUCCGGUGCGGCAAGUCCUGAGCUUCGCCGAUCCGUCCAGCUGCCACUGCCAGUGGUGAACUGCCACGCAUCCAUCCGUGUCUGUUCUUGCACCCGGACCCGUUGUGUAUGCUCGUCACAUGACCACACACAAGGUAAGUAUUCACCCAUGCGUACCAGGAGCGCUAGCCAGACAAGGGAACAGCAUGAGCAGGACAACUCUGCAUCUGACUCUGAGAUGCGUAGACUCCGUCAGCAGCAAUCCCCCUUGGACCACCACAAGCCACUGAAUUUAGGAUUAGAGCAUCAAGUGGCAUGCCCGUCAUUCGAUACUGUGCCACCUAGUCCUUGCAUUCCACUACACGCAGUGUCAGAUGACGACGGCCAGUGUGCUGUUUGCAGCAAUGCGUCACGGAAGACACAUAACAUUGCCUGUGGGGGUACCAUGACAACACCCUUGGCCGUGCCCACGGAAGCGUCCUCACACCCACGGUCACCCUCCUCACGAUCGCACGAUCUACUACGUAUCGCUUAUCAAUCACAAGCUGAAGCCGUACAGCCGAGCCAGGAUUCCCUAUUGCCAGUAUUGGCCAAGUGCGACAUUCGCGACGGCAACGAUCAGCCGCUCACUACUCUCACAGUGCGCUAUCGAGCAAGCGCACAAUCUGCACAGAGCCACAGCAACGCCGCUGGUCAGCAGUGCUACCACGCUCCGGGUGUUCGCGGAAUACACAUGCAACACAAGCCACAAUCUCGUCUAACAAGCUGCGAAUCCCAGGGUAAUGUGGCGGCGGUUGCUGGUGUUGGUCGUCCACCCAAGGCAAAGAUGAACGUCACAAUACAGCCUUUUGCAGCAGAUCAAACGCCAGCCACAUGCACAGUACCUCUGCCAUCCGCAUGUCCAGCAGCUGCUGUAGUUACGCCAGUCACAAGACCAACAGGACCAACAGGAAGCGCUGGCAAAUGAAGUUUUAGAUCCUGCCCCUAAAUGACACGUCAGAACCCUAAAGCGUCUCCUAAGUGACCGCAGACCACUCCGAGCCCCGUGUGAACAGGCGAAUGGCCUGUAUCAUCGGUGGCAUGCACAUAUCCAAUCGCGAUGAUCAGACAUUCCAGCUACAAGGACAAAGCCACCCUCGUGACACCACGCCAUCACAAGCAUUCUUAGUUCACCAUCUCGUGAAGUAAGUUCACCAUAAAGUGCACCAUACUGUGACAGUGCAUAUUACUAUGAUAAGAAUGACGUCACUCCUCUGUAGUGUAGCCUUGUCAUGAUUUUAAUUUUUACCGCCCACGGCCGCACAAAGUCCUUGGCUACAAAAAAAUGAAAAUCUCUCCAAACCAAACUACAAAUUCUUUUCCUAUGUAUAUUACCUGUACUAUACUCUAUAAAUUAGAGAGUAUAGUGAUGAACAUGCUGAUAACGUCUUGCGCCACACAAUGCCCUUUUCAGGUUCUAGGUCACCGGCCCUAUCACCAGAUCGACCACCAUACUAAUAAUUAUUAAACAACUUUGCGUGAAAGCCAGAUCUACAUGUACAUGUAGAGUUGUGGUUUAGGUUUAGUGUAAAACUCUCGCCACUCUCAUGAGACAUAUUUUUCACACAUGUGUGUUAUUUUUAUUCCUAUCAUACCCUGGUGUAUAGAAAGAAAAAGGACCAAGGAACUACAAGUUACGCUAUAAUGUCCACUAGCACCACCAGUUACUAAACAAUCACCUCAUGCAAUAGCAUUGCACGACACUGCACGAUUCUUUCUAUAAAUUAAUCCUUGGCUCUCCA